AUGAUGAAUAGUAUUUGUCAUUCAUCAUCUCCAAUUGAUGUAAAUAUUGAAAAUCCAUCAUUAAAUGAUCAUCAGUCAUCAAUCAAUGAAAAUGAUUCAAUUCAACAAGUUUUACAAAAUGAUGAAAAUAAACCACGUUCAUCAUAUAUAAAAUUAUCAGUAGAUGAAAAUCGAAAUUUGGGUUUAUCAGAAUUUCAAGAUCCACUUUUCUAUGAACAACCAUUAGAUUUUCAUUAUAAUCGAUUAAUGCCAACUAUAAUUACUUCAGAAUAUGAAACAGGUGAUCAAAUUCGAUUAGCAAACGAUAUAAAACUCAGUAAAAAUGAAAAACAAAAUUCUUUAUCAUCACAUCGACAUGAAAUAGACAAAAGUAGAACAACUUAUCGACAACAUUCGAAAUCAAAGAAAAGUAAAAAUAAAAUAACAAAAAUGACAGAGAAAAAGAAAAAAACAUCGAUCGACAACUUAUAUAAAAGCAAACGCAAAAGUAAAAAAAUUAAUCGAAAUCGUUUUGAACGAUUUCAAUAUGAGCCGAAAAAUCGCCAAAAAUUAUUUCUUAAACAUCAUCAUAAACAACAAGAAUUAUUUCUCAAUAAGAAAAAGAAACUAUUAAAACAACGCAUUACAUCGAAGAAAGAAUCAAUGUUGAAAAUGAACAAAAAUAAACCUUUAAAAUCGGUUCAACACAAUCGAAGAUUUAAUAUGACUAAUAAUCGAAUUAAUUCAGCAAUUUUAUCUAAUCGUUCUUUGACUUCAGGAUCUAGAAAAAUUCAUUCGAUUCCUCGACUCAAAACUAAAAUAACUCGUAAUCAACAUUUAUCUCAAUCAAAUAAAAAUCGAAUUUCAUCUAUUUCUCGAUUGGCUGAUAAUCCAAAAACUCGAAUAAUAGCAAAUAAAAUAAAAUCUCAAGCAGAUUUAUCGACUCUCAAUUCAGUUUUACAAUCAAAUAGUCAACAAAUGAUGAAAGUUCGUAUAGCACCAAUAAAUAAAAAUGAUCAAAAUUUGACAAAAUCUUUUGAAACAAAUAAAGAUAAUAUUCAAAUGAAAAUGAAACCAUCAAUAUUUUCAUCGAAAAAUAGUUUAACUGAUAAAGUAUCAUCAACAUCAACAAUAAUGCCUUUAACAAAGAAUAAUGCACAAUUAACAAGCAAAAACAAUAAUAGACGUGCAUCAAAAAUUAAACGUCGACGAAAUAGUUCGACAUCAACAAAAUUAGAAAAAAAAUUGAUGAGAUCAACAAGAACAGGAAUGGUUCUUCGAUCAAAAACAAUCAUUAUUAAUAGUAAUAAUUCGACAGAACGAAAAAAAUAA